AUGCCGCACGACGCGACGACGCCGCCGCUGUCGGAGCUGACGCACGGGGAGGUGAUCAAAACCGGGCUGCCACCGCACAUCAUCCCGAAGAGCGUCUUGGAUAACGUGACAUGGCAAGGCGGCGGGAACGAGCCGAUGGUGGGAUACGCGCCGAAUCCGUACUACCGCCGCGGCCGCGCGAAAGGCGAAGCGAACCGCGCGGCGAUGCAACUGCAGCGGAAACGCGAGGUGAUCAAGUUUAAAACGGAAGUCACGAAGACUUCUGCAUUAUCUUCUUCGAACGGAUUCGGCGGCGGAGUCGGCGGCGAGCGCGCUCGCGCGUCCACGUGCCCGCUUCCAAAGCUCUAUCACAAGGUCGAGGCGAUUUUGGACCCGACGCGAGCGAGGUUCGAAGAGUUCGACUUCGCCGCGCACAACCGCACGGCGCUGUUAGGCAUGGGGAACGACCUCGCGAACUGCUACGUGAAUCCGGUGUUACAGAUCCUGCACUUCGUCCCGGGUCUGCGCGCGAGCGUGCUCAUGGGUCACGCGUGCGAACGAGAGUUUUGUCUGACGUGCGAGCUCGCGUUUUUGUCGCACACGCUGUCGCAGCCGCCGACGCGCGGCGGCGGCUCGCACAGCUCCGCUUCGAUGAAGGUUGAGCCGUUGAACUUUCUUCGCACGUUGCGUCAAGUCCGCGAAGCCGCGGCGCUCGGUCUCAUCGAAGGCGGAGGAAACGAGCUCGAGGCGAGGCUCGAUCAGAGCCUCCCUCGGCGGAUUCAAGCGUUCCAGCGGUUUAUUCUCGAGCAGCUGCACAAGGAACAAGGCGGCGGUGACGACCGCCCGGUUCGCCUCGGCGAGGAGAGAACGAAACAGAAAACCCCGCGUCCGAGAGCGUCGCGUUCGAAUUCGAAUUCGAACGACGUCGACGAAGACGAGGUGCCCGCGUUGUGCGCGCCCGUUGAGGAUCUCUUUGCGGUGUCGUCGUCGACGAAAAACUCGUGUGCGGUGUGCGGCCGCGAGGAGACGAAGAUGACGCGGUCGUUUCAGACCGACCUCGCGUAUCCGCCGAAAGAGGCGCACAAGGGCGGCGCGGCGGCGCGGCGGCUGAACGCGAAUACCAACGCGAAUCCUAAAACCGCCGACGACCUGCACGCGUUUUCCGCGCUGCUCGCGAAGUCGUUGGCGACGCGCGGGGAGGUCAGGGCGUGGUGCGACGGCCACGACGCGUACACGCGAAUGACGCAGAAAAAAACCCCGGUCUCGCUCCCGGCGGUCAUGAGCGUGAGUCUCGGCAUGCGCGACGUCGGGGACUUGAGAUGGUGGGGCGUGGACGUGGACGCCCCUCCCGAUUCGCGCGAAUCAUCCGAGGCUGUCGAGACGAGUUGGCUGCCGAAGUUCUUCUCGGUGAAGGUGGCGGGGGAGAACGUGUGCGUGACGGAAUCGUCGACGGAGGCGUUCGAAUGCGACGACGACGGCGACGGCGACGACGACGACGGCGCAAGCGAGCACGCGCGGUACGAGCUCACGGGGUUGGUGUGCCUCGCGCGACGCCCGUGCGAGGAGGAGGACGACGACGCGCCUGGCGGCGGCGUCGACGAGACCGGGGCGAAAAUUCUCCGAGGGCACCUGAUGUCGUUCGUCAAGGUCAAGCCGCCGUACAUCGCGGAGAGAGGCGCGUUUGGCGGCGCGUCCGUCGUCGGCGAGGGGAAGUCUCCGGGGGUGAGCCCGUUGGUCAUCGGACAGACGGGCGCGGCGGCGAAAGCGCGCGCGGACGCCGCUGCUGCCGCCGCGCGCGUGUCCGAGCUGCGCGUCUCCGGCGACGACGACGGCGCGGAGGGCGGGUCGACCGAGACGGCGUCGGAGAUCACCCCGGCGGACGCGGACGCCGGAAGCGCGGUGCGCGAAGAGAUCGAAGCCGAGGAUGCGGCGAACGCGCGCGUGAAAGCCGCGCAGUUCGCCGCCGCGCUCGCCGCGGGCGAGGCAAUGUACGGCGAGCACUCCGGGUUCGCCGGCGUCACGCCCUCGAAAGUGUCGGAGAUCGAAUCCUCUGACACAGCCGACGCGUCGUUAUAUCCUCCAUACAGUUCGUGGGGCAGCGAAGGACAAGGCGCGAACGCCGGAGAAGGCGUCCGCGUCUCCCCCGACGGAGUCGCGGACACGGACUGGCUCUUGUUCAACGACUUCUGCAUCACCCCCGUGCGCGCGGACGAGGUGACGCGAAUGUACGGCGUCGCGAAAAUUCCGUGCAUCGCGGCGUACUCGCGCGUGGACGCGCCGCCGCCGCCGCCGCUGCCACCGAGCCCGAUCACCGAGGACGUCUACCGACGUCUCACGCUGGACGCGAACUUGCCGCGGCGAUGCCCGUUCACGCCGUUCGAUUUCGAAUCCCCGGCAGAGACCCCUAGGCCCGGGUGA